AUGUCUCCAAUGAAUACCGACGUGGUUAUUGUCGGCGGUGGCCCGUCAGGCCUGACUCUAGGGCUUUCUUUAGCAAGGUACGAAAUCAAGUCGGUCAUUCUUGAGAAAGAAGAUGAUAUCACGCAUGACCCCCGAGGAGUUGUACUCACGGGGGAUGCUCUUCGGAGCUUAUGGACCCUAGGACUGGGAAAACAUGUCUCCUCCAUAGGGCAGGAGCUACGGUCCGUCAAUUUUCACACGACUUCCCCUCAGAAUGAACCUUUCUUUACGAUCGAGCUUGACUCGGACAUGAUGGAACACGGUCUGCCGAGUACCAUCCUGCAGAGCCAACCGCGACUGGAGUAUUUCCUCCGGCAAUUGGUAGCUUCUUCGAAAUAUUGCACCCUCCAAUCAGCCUGUGAAGUUGUCGGGCGCGACGAGCACGCAAACGGAGUGACGGUGCACUACCUCGAUAGCGACCAAACACCGCGCCAGAUCCAGGCCGCGUGGCUGGUCGGGGCGGAUGGGAAAAGAGGCAUCGUCCGCAAACAUUUCCUCGAGCCGUCCGCGGGUGUCCGUCAGGAAACCGGGAUCUUCGAGUACGAAGGCACCUGGAUAGCAGCCAAUCUCAAAAUCACCCUCCCGACGCCGCAAAGCCACCCCGAGCUUGCUCUCUGGGCGGCUGGACAUGACCCGAAGUCAGUAUACGACCUCUUCUGGCCGGCAGACUGGCACUUUUGUCGGCCCCCCGGGAAGCCCGUGGCCUGUGGCCGCUUUGGUCCGCAUUCGGAUCGAUUGUGGCGUCAUGAAUUUGCUGUCCCCGAGUGGGACGACUCCAUGGAUGCCAGUGCCAUGUUCUGGGAGCAUCUGACCCCGCUCAUCACCCGGAGGAUCCAGCCGCUUCACGGCGGCUGCCCCGUUGAGGUAACUUUUCCCCGGGAUUGUAUUGAGGUGCUUCGUUGCCGCCCGUUCCGCUUCAGUCACCGGGUGGUUAAUAAAUGGUUCGCUGAGCGGACUGUUUUGAUUGGGGACGCGGCGCACGUCUUCCCGCCUUUCGGUGGGCAAGGGGUGGCAUGUGGUGUUCAGGACGCGGCCGGACUAGCCUGGCGACUGGCGAUUCUCACCAAGGUUGGCUCCCUAGCGCACUCUCGGACUCUGCGAGAGGGUCUUCUUCAGGCAUGGGCGGAUGAACGUCGAAUGGGCAUUGACAAUUCGGCCCGACUGACCCGGCAGAAUGGCGAGUUAUGCAACAAAGAAGCUUCAUGGACGGGAUCGGUGCAGCUCGCGUGUCUGAGAGUUGUUCAGGGCUUCCUCGGGGCUCUGGGUAUGCGUCUCGGGCCGUUUGAGGCUGACAGCCAGGGGUACCGCGGCUGUGGGCGAGGGGGCUUUGCUGCCGAGAAUGGCGGAGGGAUCAAGCUGGGCCAGGUCUACGUGCAAACACGUCUCCCAGAUAGCCCGACCCCGAUGAUUGAGCUGUCUGACCAGGCGCUGCGGCGGGUCCCUACCGUCUUGACUCUUCUUGUCAUCACACCCGGCCAGUCCUCUGAAACAGAACAGGAACUGGUCGCUCUGCUUCGGGUCCUUCGACAAUCCGGAAUAGAUCCUGCUGCACUAUCGGAGCGGUCGAUUGUGCAGUUCAAUCCUUCCGACUCUUCAGAUCACAUCUCCGGUGUGAGUCAGUGGCCGGUUUGUCAUGUAGCCCCUGCGGAUCUUCUUGUUGGGUUCCCCGUGCGCCCAGGAUACAGCUCCCUCCAGUUCAUGCAUCGUCUUGGCGACUCUCGCGCUCGCUAUGUGAUUCUCCGGCCUGAUAAUAUCGUCAUUGCCAGGGGUAGAGACCUACUUGACCUGAAGAGUAGCUUGGACAAGCUGGAAAGGAGUCUUUCUUGA